AUGAAGGCAACGAAAUCGGUUUACAUCGCGAAUUCAUUGAUUGGCGCCAACGGAAUGCACGGGAUACGAGUGGAGAAAGGAGAAACAAACGAAAAACGCGAGUUGAAUCUAUUCGGCGUGAACAUCACCGGCCAUUUCCUCAAUCCAGCCGUUCAAUUGGACGAGUGCUCAUGGAUGGAGAUUUAUCUCAAUCAUUGUCAUAUCUACGAUAAUCAUGAUGGAGCACUUAUCGUUGAUGGACGAAGUGACACGUGUGAGAUCAAUGUGUUUAACGGGAAUUUCACUCGAAAUCGAGGUCCAACUCUUCAUAUGAGUUCUCUAAAUCGUGGAACUGUUCAUUUGGAGUCGAACUCGUUUACAAACAAUCACAUGAAUGCACGAGCUGAUCGAGAGGCGUUGAUCAAUUUGGAAUUGGGCACAGGUGCCGGAAUCGUUGUCACCGAUAAUCAAUUCGUCAAGAACACGAUGGAAUCCGUUGUAAAACUCGCGCAAAGAGAUCGAACUCCACCGACUGUGGUCAUCGCGAAAAACACUUUCUACAACAAUUUGGCCUUUAAUGUCAUUUAUGCUGACGUGCAAAAUGCAAAUAUUUCUUAUAAUCUUCUCUACAAUCAACAGCCAUUACUUCGCGUUUGUGCUAUUGAUGCUGGCGCAAGUGAAGCGGCUCUCUAUUUACCAUUUGCUAAUUAUUCUGGCCCACUUUUUAUUGGAGAAACUCAGCCAACGCCCCCGUUCACUCAUCUUUACAACACAUUCGUGAACAAUGGACGACCGUAUUUAAUCACACAAGAUCUCGUGAUUCCCGAGGGGAAAGUGGUGAUCAUCGAGCCAGGGACAACACUCAAAUUCUCAAGUGGAGCAAAAAUGGUGGUAAAGGGUAAACUUUAUGCAAAUGGAUCGCUUUCGAGACCGAUUCGACUUCUCGCAAAUGACGAAACGAAUCCGUGGGGCGGCGUCGUGCUGUCAGAAAACUCAACUGCGACUUUAUCUGAUGUUUUGAUCUCAAAUGCAAUAGAUGGAAUCCACGUUGAGACACCGAAUAUGCAAAUGGAACGAAUCACGAUCGAGAACACGAGAAAGAACGGGAUUGUGAUUGGGGAAAGUGGAGGUUCGGAUCUUGAUUUUGGACACUCAACAAUUCGGAGAGUUUCACAAAAUGCGGUACUCGUCGAGGAAAGAAACGAAAGUUUGGCAAUACGUAAUCUGCGAAUUGAGGACUCUUCAGCUACUGGGUUCACUUAUGAGAAACCGAAAAAGAAUCUCACGUUGGAGAAUGUUCAGCUUUCGAAUCUCUCGCCACCAGAAAACGGGUAUUCGAUAAAGCUUUUCGACGAUCCGGCAAAAAAGUUGGAGCGCUUUGAGUUGAGAAACGUCUCAGUGAUGAAUCAAAAAUUCGGUUCUGGCGGCAUUUUCUAUGAGGGAUCAGCUGGAGUUGUUGACGUUUUUGGAGGGAAUUUUCAAGCAAAUUCCGUGCCUGCGCUGGGUUUCAAGUUCAAGUGCCAUGAAAUCCCGUCGAAUCUCCAUGUGAUCGGUGCCAAUUUUGUCGAGAACACUGACGCUCCAUUGAGGAUCGAAUUGGGUGAAUGCGCGAGUGCACAGGGCAAUCCAAUUUCGGAAAUUCUUCUUUACGCGAACAAAUUCAAUGGAAAUACCGCUUCAAAAUCGACACUUUCUCUAGAGAAUCAAAGCGGGAAAAGAAUCGUGAGCAACGAGUUGCGCGAUCCGAAGACUCCACGCGAGGUGCUUUAUAGUGGAGAAAAGAAACUUGAUCUCACUAAUAACUUCUGGGGAACGCAACUCGUGCAGGAGAUCAAGCCAAAAAUCGGAUGUAUUGGGAAAUGUCAAGAUCUUUCCAAAGUCGAUAUCAUUCCGCCACGUGGAUCACUAAUCGACAUCACACCGAUCGACAUUUCGACGAUCGGUAGAGAGAGUUCGGCUUGUGCUGGCGGUUGCGGAGGACAUGGAACGUGUACAUUAUCGGGUUGUUUAUGCAAUGGUGGAUAUUCGGGAAAGGAUUGUCAAGAGAUUUUGCCGCCUGUUUGCAUGAUCGCUUGCGCACACGGGAGACAGGGAAUUGCGCUUGCGACGAGGGUUGGCACGGGAAGCGCUGCAGGACGCCGAUUUGCUCGACGCGUUGCUCGUUUAACGGGAUUUGCUCAAGUCCCGAGCAAUGUCAAUGUUUUAUCGAUUAUCGGGGCCCAACUUGCAAUGAAUGCUCAACGGAGGACUGUGUCGGCUGUGAUCCGCCGUGUGAACACGGGGAAUGCGAUCCAAUUGCAAAAACUUGCAUCUGUCACGAUGGAUGGAAAGGGAUCAGCUGUGGUGAUUGCCCGUCAAAUUUGUGCCAAUCGAAGCCAUCAAUUGCCUAUAUUCUUCCACAAACGGUCGAUGUUGAGGAAACGAAUU